AUGGCGACGCGGCGAUGCCUCCUCCGCCUCCUCACGCGCGGCCUCGCCCCGCACGCCCCGCAGCCCCUCGCCCCGGCCUCGAUCGCGGCCCGGACCCUGACCUCCCUGCCCCGGCCCCUCGCCCCCCGCGCCGCCGCCGCCGCCUCGCUCCGGCUCUCCCCCCCGCGCUGCCACUUCGCGACCCGCUCGUCCGACGACGAGGGGGACGACGAGGAGCACUACGAGGACGAGGAGGACGGGAGCGGGGACGAGUGGGGGGAGGGCGACGAGGAGACGCCCGCCGCGAAGCCGCCCAGCGGGAAGACGGAGGAGGAGAAGCUGGCGGAGGCGAACGAGAUCGGGUACAAGGUGGUUGGGCCGCUCGGCGCCGACGAGAAGCCCUUCAAGCCCUACGAGCCCAUCUUCGCCGUCGUCCAGAUUGGUUCGCAUCAGUUCAAGGUGAGCAACGGCGACUCCAUCUUCACGGAGAGGCUCAAGUUCUGCGAUGUGAAUGACAAGUUAGUUUUAAAUCGAGUUCUUAUGCUUGGCUCACAAGCUCAAACAAUAAUUGGGAGGCCAACUCUUACUGAUGCUACUGUUCAUGCUGUCGUCGAAGAGCAUGCUCUAGAUGCAAAAGUUAUUAUAUUCAAGAAGAAAAGGAGGAAAAAUUACCGCCGAACAAGGGGACACCGUCAGGAAUUGACAAAGCUGAGGAUAACCAACAUCGAAGGAAUAGACAAGUCCUUCAUUCAACAAGAAGGAACAGAUAAGCCAGAGAGUGCCGCUGUUGCUGCUUAA